UUAGCUGAGAAAUUUGCUUAUAUGAGACAGUUCUUUCCUUAUGAUGUAAGUGUAAUUUCCAUUUAUUUUUUGGGUGACUAAUUUCAAUUCUUGUAUUAUGUAUUAUUUACAACAACUUUGAUACUAUUUAAAUUAUUGUUUUGUAAAAUUGAGUGAGGAAUCAUUAAAACAAGGACAGAAGUCUGAUAAGACAAAACAACAAAAGAAAACACUUGCACUAAUCAGAACAAAAAUAGUCUAGUAAUAUGUCAUGCCUGUUAAGGACUUGAAUGUAUAUUGUUAUAUUGUGUUGUUUAGAGAUUAUAUGUAUUGUUUUAUUUAUUAUUCUUAGUAUCUUGUAAUGUAUUGUGUGAAAAGGGAUAUGACUAUUAUUUAUUGUUGUGGAGUGUGGUCUUUGGGUACAGUAAUUGAAGUUGAAGAAAUAGUUUGUUAAUAAAGAUAUCCUUCUUCUUCUUCUAUAUCUUAAGGGCCCACGAUCAAUUUAUUGAUCAUUUUGGCUCCUAUGUAGAUGGGAUUUGCAAUGUUAUAUUAUAAUAUAAGAAUCAUAGUUUGUGUAGUUAUUAAAACCCCUAGAAAGAACGAAGCCUUUGAACCUUCGGGUUGACCGGGUUCGUAACAAUGCCAUAUGCUAUUUAGAUAAUGUAUGGAAGUCUGUGAACUAUUUUUAUAAUAGUGGCCUACCACUUUUCACUUCUAAUGAUAUUGAUUUAUCAAUUCUUCAUUUAUGGAUAAGAUUACAAAUUUAGGUUAAUGUUAAAAUUUCCUCCACCAUCACAAAAGUUUUUAGUUGUUCUUAAAUCAGAUCAAGCAACUGACUUGGAAUCCAGUGCACACAUCCAAUGACCAGCAGUGCUUCUGUUACUGUGGUGGUCCAGGCAUGUGA